GAACAUGCUUCUGCAGCCUCUCCAUGAUUGAUUGAUUGAUUGAUCAAAUGGGCUGUCACUCAUGCCAGACCUCCCCGAUCCCACCCUCGUCUCUGCAUUAGGACUCAGACCCAGCCCAACCCUCUCCUUCUGGCAGCCCGCUUGUCCCUUUUUUGACCUCUGGGGAUCCCUCCUUGCCUUCUUCUCUAUCCCUUCUUGUCCCGUCUCGACUCCUCUUCCAGACUUCUCCCCUCUUCUUCGCCUUCACAGUCUCGAACGCCUAUCCAGCAGGUGUGGUAACGAGCAAGAGUCGUCGCCUCCGUCCAGUCACGUCGAGUCGCGAGUCUACUCCGGCCAACCUGUUGUUGUAAGUCGGCAUUGGCAUCGACAGCCGGUCAAAAUCCCACGAUACAUCAGUGUCCGGUUACCGACCGAGACACGCCCACACAGACCUGCCAACAAGCUCACACAGGACGGACGCCUUUUCACUUCUCUACUUUCUUUUUUCCCUCCCAAUCCCGUCGACACAAUCGACCGUUAUUGGAAUUUCUUUACUUUUUCAUCUUGCCGCCAACCGGACAACAGCUCAGUCUUGAAGACAUCCAACUGCCGAUAACCUUGUUCUACCCCCAUUCGAAACAACUCGAUUCGGAACCCGCGCCGUCGUCCUUGCUCAACUUUUCCUUCUCUUCUCUGUCUCUCUGUUCCGUUGCAUUGUAACUUCUUCUACUUUUUUAUUCCUUCUAACCAAAUCCCGUCAACGGACGCGCUCCGCCACGCGGAUCUCGCCUGUCAGUUCGCACAUCAUUUUAGCCUUGACUACUCCGCGGGUCUGCGUCUUCGCCUGAUUGUCACUUGAUCUUCGAAUCUUCAGACGUCAACCGCAAGGUUCCCCCCAGAGAGGUGCUGCCUCCCCGACGCUGGAUACACCCUGCCCGUUCCGCCCGUCUGAAACACUCUCAGUCCUUCCGCCAGCAUCGCAAGGCCCAGUGUGUGUCGUGCAACCAUCCGCGCUCCGUCUCACCACUGACGACUCUUCUUAUCCUGUCCGCCAUCAGAGUUGCACUCUGUCGUUGCGUUGCGUUGCGUUGCUUUGCUGUUGCGCCGACGACUGCGUUGGUCUGUCUGCUGGUGGAAGCCAUCUGCUCAGGCGCGCCUGUUCCCCAUUUUGAGGCCGAUGUCAUCACCCCACAGUCAGCUUCUGUCAUCACACUCGCUCACUCACUCACCCAUCAUAUCGUAUCUCCGACCCGUGGUCGUCUCUUCACUCACUCACAUACACUCCUCUUCUCCUCAUCGACGGCAACGACAUAUCUUCUUCAUUGGGCGAAUCACGCUGGCCAGAAGAUCAAGUCUCGAAACACCAAAUAUCGUCCGCUGUCUUCGCCUCAUUCUCUCCUACCCUAAUUAAUCUAUCCGGCUUCUUUUCCAAUCCUGCUACCACUGCGUAGUACGCAGCUCGUUCCCUCGCCGUUUUCCCCGCCCCGUUUCAUUCCUUUCCACUCGGUCGCCACUCGGCUGCGUGUUCAACAGCAUCGCCCCGGACUUCGAUUCUUCCUAAUAGGCCUGGGUCCUGUUUUCAACUUCGCACAGUUACACCGCCUCACAAUAGAGUUGAGCGACCUUCGUUUGAAAUAUCCACCGCCAGUCGUUUCUGUCGGCGAAGCUGCGACGAGUACCUGCAGUCGCAGCACUGCCCAUUCGAGCCUGUACGAGUUUCCCCUCGGGCAAUUUCGAAAGCACCGCCGCAUCAACCAAUUAUCGGAAAGCCGCAGAAACCACGGCCAUAAGACCUGCAGCCAGCUGAUACUGUAGAGCGAAUGGUUUAAUCGUCGAACCUGGACACGCAGGCAUCUCGCAGGAGGGGGAGACGAAGCACAAAUUCGGAAACCCGAAACUCUGAUGUCGCUGGACCGAAUUUACGAGUACUAAAUGAGUCACCCCCAAUAUGGAAAAGAUAUGGAUCGACCAUCGAUUGCAGGAUCCGUCAAGCGGGCAAGAGAACGGGCUCAGGCCGGAUUUCUCCGGGAACAAAACUCGCCGCCAGGCGCCACGAGGUUCCCAAUAGUCGAAGAAGAUCCAGACAGCCCCACGGAUGUCUCAGAAAGACGCCAAAUAGUUGAAUCACCGCCAUCACGUAUACCGAGACCCCAACCAUCGGCAGCACUACAGAAUAAGGACGGAGGAAUUGGGGGCGCCAUUUCCCGACCGACGCAGAUCCCGCAAUGGCCGCUACCCGGACCGAUUCUGUCUCCCGCAAACAACCCGGAUGCCGAACCCUACCGACCUCCUCCGGGCCGUGGUCCACCACCCCAACGACCGCCUCGCCCGAGCAGAGUACCCUCCAUCCUGGACAGCUCACGAGUUCAGGAUCACACUCCCGUGUUCCAAUACACACCGCAAAGCGGGCGGGAAUCAGUCUUGAGCCAGGAUAUAUCAUCCACUCCGCUUACCCCGUCGUCAAGACACACGCAAUCGUCGCUUUCGUCUGUCGGAUCGAUUCCAGACUUUCCCCUGCCGGCAGCUAUCCCGCCCGUUGCUGCACCACCCCCGGUAGCGCCGCCGAGACGAAGUGUAACUCUAGGCCCACCGCCAUCGUCGCGCCGAGGCGACUCGUCCUUUUAUUCAAAUGCCUCGUUUGUUUCACCGAUUCCCGAAGAGAGCCCGCGGUCUAGAUCACACACGUCGUUUGCCUCGAGUGCCGCAAUGCCUGAGAGCUGGGGUAGUCAAUCACCGGGAUUUAGCCCGGGAUACCCAGACGACUACUACGGGGAUGAUGCGUAUUCCACCGAAGACGAAAACAGCCAAAUGAGCCGUGGCAGCGGGUCACCAUAUGGCGAUGUGGGCGACGAGAGCAAGCUGGUGAGGAGCGCAAGUUUAGGCAAAAUGUCAAAGCCGUCCAUCGUCAUGAAUCGCGCACCGAGCAGCGGCGACCCGUUGCCCCAGGAAGCACAGUCCGUCUCGGAACUUCAAGAACCACCGCCACGACCGUCGCCCAGUCCUAUGCAACUUCCCGUCAGCCCGUUUGAGAGUGGAACGGCAUACUACGAGGGGUCCAGCUCGUCUGGCACAGUCCCCACCGUGGCGGCGACAGCCAACACGCCAUCACUCACGCCCGAUGCGAUGCUUGGCGCUUUUGCCGCUGCCAGCGCAACAGACCCGGCAGAUAUGAGGAAAGUCACACCAUCGCCACGACCCUAUGACCGCUUGUCAGCCAUCCGACGCCCACCAAAACUUGGACUCGACAUGGACUCGGUCAGGGCAAUGGAGUCCAGGGGAAGCAUGACUAGCUUGCCGGAUCUCAUCAAGCGCGCAACCCGCCUAGCUGCCCUGAUCGACCGCGGACGAAGACCCGGGAGCCGAUUCGAGAUGGGUGACGGGACGUGGCCGGACGAGAAGGCAUUUGGGCGCGAGGGGGAUCAACAAGUGUCUGGCAUGUCAUCUGCCGAAAAGCACCAGUCAGGUCUAUCCGACAUGCUGGCUGCGUUUCCCCCACCUGCGGCGACAACUCCCAACCCCCCAAAUCGGGGCAGCUGGUUCCGACGAGCCUCCACAGCCUCUUGGCCCCUGGCACCGGGCAGUCGAGGCAGCACUCCACAGCCCGUAACCCGAGCGAUGGCGGCAAGAGGGUCUCCUCUAGCCAGACUUGAGUCCAAUGAUGAGCAGUCGUCGACUAGGCCUCGCAGGAGAUGCUGCGGUCUCCCCCUUUGGGCCUUCAUUGUUAUCGUCAUCAUCGUGCUGGGCAUCGUCGCCGCCGCCAUCGUCGUCCCCCUCGAAUUCCUCGUCUUCCGGCGCAACCGGACUAGCACACCCACGGCGGAACCGGCUUUGAACCAAUGCCAAAACCAACUCAGGUGCGAAAAUGGCGGAACUAACGUCAUAUCCCAAGGCGUUUGCUCCUGCAUCUGCAUCAACGGGUUUACCGGGCAGACUUGCAGCGUGGCCGGAGCUACGGGGUGCACUACAACAAACCUCAUGGGAAAUUCCACUUCGACUAAUUUUAGUAAUGUCACUCUUGGCCAAGCUGUACCACGACUGCUUCAACAAGCUAGGACGAACUUUUCAGUGCCCUUGGACGGAACCGACAUUCUGGCCAAGUUCAACACGGAAAAUCUUUCAUGUAUCGCACAAAACUCGCUCGUCACGUUUGACGGCCGCUCGUCGCGCGUGGGCACUCCCACCUCCGCCGUCGAUGUGGUUGCAAACGCCGCCAUCCCAGUGGAGGUCAUCGUCAUUCCGCCUGGAGGGGCGGCCACUGUCACGAUCGAUAUCAACGCGCCUGGGGCCGUGGUGCUGCCAUCGCCGGACAUUGUUGGCGGGUUCACCACCCUAACGGGCCCUUUCCGGGUCACAACCAUCUACGCCACCAGUUCUACCAAGUGGGCCACCAUCCCUGUGAUAUCUACUCCGACAUCGCUGCCCGAGACGACGCCCUCUGUAUCUCCGCCAGCGACCACCACGCCGCCGCCGCCGCCGUCGCCGCCGCCAACGACGAUGACGACAAUGACGACAACUCCUCAGGGACCGUUGUUUCCUUCUAUCCCAGUGUCUUCUGCGCCAGCACCCAACCCCAGAUUCAUGGUUACGGAAGAGACGCUUGAUUUUGCCCGCGUCUCGGUUCUGCUGAUCUUGGAACGGCAGAGUCUGAUGGCGGCAACGACGGCGCAGACUAUCCUGCAGCGUUUCUUCACUACUGCGGACCAAGGAGGCCGGCAGCAAAACGGCGGCGUGACGCCCACUCAGGCAUUGAAUGUCACGCUCGGCGGAGGAAACUCGGUAGACCUGGUUAACUUUCUUAUCACUAUACCCGGAGGUAUUCAGGCAGGCGGCACAAGCCGCUGAGGGGGACACAAGGCGAGCCUGGCUGGGACCGCGAGGCGGUAACUAAAAUUAUGGCUGUUGCCGGCGUGCCGACAUUGGGAGGGUUGUACAUAGAAAUGACGGUUAAUGAGGCGACGGGGCCGCCCUUUCUGGGUGAGGACCCGAGCAUUGUGGGAGUCUAUGUAGGCACGUCCGGCCAGCCAUUUUGUAUACAAGAUGCAAAUGUGUUUUCUUAUUGUUUUUUUGUAAGCGGGAGAUAUUUGGCAAGCGUAGCAUCUCGUCGUGUACGAAGUUAGUCAGCAAGGGUGCUGAGACGAUUGGUGGGACGUCGCCAGAGAGAGGUGUGCAGAUACAGAUACCAAUUGUUAUUAAUCAAGACAUAAUGACGUCU